AUGGAUGUUUUGGUGUUAGUGGAGACAUGGCAUGGGUUGGCUGGUGAUGUUGCAGUUGGGUUGGCCAAGCCACCUGGUUUCUCCUUUGUCGAUUUUGUAAGACCGCAUGAUCCUGCACACGGGGGAUUGGUUAUUUAUUUCCGAUCCACUUUUGGUUGUAAUAAAAUAACUCUGCCGGUGUUCACUACUUUUGAGGCCAUUGCAAUAAAGUUAAAAAUAGAACGAUAUAAUUUCAUAUUGCUAUCCAUAUACAGACCUGGUUCAGCACAAAUAUUUACGUCAUUUUUUAACGAACUUAUAUCAGUAUUAGAACACAUUACAAUGAUGAAUAUUAUCUUGAUGGGUGACUUUAAUGUUCAUGUGGAGAGAAUGGAUGACCCUCAUACAAUACGUUUGUUAGAAAUAUUUGAUAUGUUUGAUCUGGUCAACCAUGUGAAAGGCAAAACUCAUUCUCAUGGUGGUACACUGGACCUUAUUGUCAGCUCCCGUAGUUUUCCUGUUGCUGAGAUAUCGAUUCAUCCCAGUGAAGUAUACUCCGACCAUGGUUGUAUAGUAGCAAAAAUAACGAUUCCUCGAUCAUGCGGUAAUUUUGUAAAGAAAUUGGCUCGAUCAUGGAAAGAUCUAGAUGAAGAUCAGUUCAAAGAAAGCAUCUUAAAAUCGGCUAUUGCAGCGAAACACAUAAACACUUUCUCGUUUAAUAACACUGCGAGCACCUGCAACACAGCACAAGCAAUCAACGCAACAUCAACAAAGCACACAUUUAUACGCAUAUUACAAAUAGAAGAAUAUUAA